GAAACAAAAACAAGCCUUCAGGAGAAAUAAGUUGAAUUAAGUAUAAUUAUAUACUAUUCUUGAAUAAGGUAGAUUAUAAGUUAAAUUUAUUCAUUGUUAUUAAACAAACAGAAAUAAAGCAUCAAUAUGCCUAAAGUGAAAUCUGAGAAGAAGACGCGGAUACACCAGGAAGUGCAGAAGCAAGGCAUUGUCUUUAACAAAGACUUUGGCCAACAUAUUUUAAAAAAUCCACUUGUUAUACAAAGUAUGCUGGAAAAAGCCGCGCUCCGUAACACAGACACCGUUUUAGAAAUCGGUCCUGGUACCGGUAACAUGACCGUGCGUAUGCUGGAGCGUGCCAAAAAGGUGAUUGCUUGUGAAAUCGACACACGUUUAGCAGCUGAGUUGCAAAAACGUGUGCAAGCCACACCACUACAACCUAAAUUGCAAGUUCUCAUUGGUGAUUUCCUCAAAGCAGAACUACCGUUUUUUGAUCUAUGUAUUGCCAACGUGCCAUAUCAAAUAAGUUCGCCCUUAAUAUUCAAAUUGCUGUUACAUCGACCACUAUUUCGAUGUGCUGUGCUAAUGUUUCAGCGGGAAUUCGCACAACGUUUAGUAGCCAAACCCGGCGAUAAACUCUAUUGUCGCCUAAGCAUCAAUACUCAAUUGUUAGCACGCGUCGACAUGUUAAUGAAAGUUGGAAAGAAUAAUUUCAAACCACCGCCAAAAGUUGAAUCGAGCGUGGUAAGGCUGGAGCCAAAAAAUCCACCUCCACCGGUCAAUUUUACCGAAUGGGAUGGUCUAACGCGUAUAGCGUUUCUGAGAAAAAAUAAGACAUUGGGUGCUGCGUUCAAAAUAAAUUCGGUUAUCGAGAUGUUGGAAAAAAAUUACAAGUUACACCUGUCGCUGCAUAACAAACCUCUCGAGCCUGAUUUUAAUAUGCAAGCCAAAGUUAUUGGAAUUUUGGAAAAGUUGGAAAUGGAAAAUUUGCGUGCGCGUUCAAUGGACUUGGAUGACUUCAUGAAACUACUUUUGGCUUUCAAUUCUGAAGGCAUACAUUUUAAUUAAUAGGAAUUCAAUAAAUUUGUAAAUACUUAUUUUUAAUGGCUAUAGUCAAUAGGAAGUUUUAAUAAAAAUACGUCUAAGCAUCAAAAUUAGCAUAGGCAACAUACAUACAUAGACUGUAUGUAUUUGCUGCCGACACGAUGCUCGUUCGCACACGUAACUAAAUUAAAAA